AUGAGUUUUAGAGAUUUAGAAAAUCCAGAAUAAGCUAUAUUUAUUUCUUAAGAUUUACUUAAUGAAUCCUUUUCUUAAAUAUCUUAAGAAUAAAAUGCAGAUCAAUAAUAAGAUUUUGCUAAUAAUAAUGAAAAUUAUCCUUAAUUCAGUCAAACUCAAAAUUCUCACAUUUUAUCUGAAAUUAUUAAUACCCCAUCCUAACCUAAAUUAUAAAUUAAGAAAUCUACUUUACUUCCUUAAUCUGGUGGACUAUUUACAUAUCUUAUUGAUAAUCAAAGUAGAAUAUAUGAUAUCUUUUAAAAUUUCCUACAUAGAUUAUUUCAAUAUUAUUUUAUCAAAAAAGUAAUAGAUUAGAAUAUUGUCUAAAAUUAUAUUGAUUUACAAGCAGUAAAAAGGAAACUUAAUUAUGUUCAAUAAGUUUAUAAUUAAACAUUUGGUGCUUUGAAAAAUAGCAUUUAAUAUUAUUAAGAUAAGAUAUUAAUAUUAACAUCAGAAAUAGAUAAAGAAGAUCCAUAUUCUUUGUUAACAUAACAUGAAAUUGAUUUAAGAAGAGGAUUACAUGAUUUCUAUUAAUUCAUAGAUUCAGAAGACUUGCUUACUUCCAGCAAAGGUAUGGGAGGUAGCUAAAAUAUGUAUAUAUGUUAUAAUAUUAUUAUAAUAUAGUAGCUAAUAUAAAACAAUAUAAAUUGAAGUUUUUAAUCCAGCUGAUUUAAAUUCACUUGAUAGAGUUGCUUAAUUUGUUUUAAAUAGUCUUGAACUAGAAUAAAUCAAUAUUACUCCAAUUCAACUAUUGAAUGAUAAUCUCUCUUUAAAUCUUCUUAAAGUAACCAUGCAACUCUUAUAAAUAUGGUAACAUUUGUUUAGAUUCUUAAAUCAAAAUGAUGUUACCAAUAUUCAAUUUAAUUAUGAAGUAGAUUAAGCUAAUCAUAAUGCUGCAAUUGUAGCAGCUUAAACCUUCUUACUUGUUCCAUUAGAUAUUGCAAAUAAAAUAUUAAAAGGGUAAUACACUGAACUUAUCAAUUAUCAUUUGAAUUCAAAUAAUAAAUUACCACUUAAAGAAGAAUAUGAUAAAAAAAGAGAAGAAAAGAGUUAAGCUAAAUUAUAAUAUACUCUACAUUUUGAUAAAUCUGAUAAUAUUAUUAAAAUUGCUGAUGAUGCAUUAACUAAUGAAGCAGAAAACUUUUCAUUUUCAAAUGCUGAACAUUCAUUAAUAGAAGAGUAAUCUGAUUAAUAAUAAACCAUUUAAAAAUAUAAUCAUAAAUACUAAUUAAAUUCUGAAUAAUAUAAAUAAACUAUAUUAGAUCAAGCAGUUGAAUUAAGUUUCAAAGGAAAAAUCAAUGAAUCACAUUUAUUUGAUAUUUAACCUCCAAAACAUAGAUCAUACAUAGCAGAAAGUGGAUAAUAACUUUUAAGAAUAACUCCAAUUACUAUUUGUACUUUAAAUUGUAUAAAACCAAAUAUAGAAUUCAAUCAUAUAAAUUAUUUCAUAGAUCCUUAAAAAGAAUUUUUACAUUUUUUCAAACCUAAUAGUAAAUAUUUCUUUUAAUGGUAACUUGAUGCUGAAAAUGUAUAGAAAAUUGUUUGUGAUGUAGAACAUUAAUUUACUAAUGAAUUAAUCUCUUUUGUAACAAAAGAAGGAAUCAUAUUUUUAUUUAAUCCAUUUUCUUAAUCUGCAGAUAAUAAUUUCUAUAGAUUCAAUGAAAAUAAUUCUAUAUUGUAAACCUUACCUAAUAUGAUUGAGAAAAAAAGAAAUUUUAGAGUUGCUCAAGUAGGCAAUUAUAUAUAUUUGAUUGGUGGAGAAAAUUAAUAAUAAUAAGUAACUAAUUCUUGUGAAAGAUUUAGUUUCAAAACUUUAGAAUGGUAAAAGAUAAAAUCUUUUUAAACUCCUCUUACUAAAGUCAAUCUUGUAGUUUUCUAAUAAAGGUAUUUGGUUAGAUUCGGAGGUUUGAAUCGUUUCGAUCAUUUUGAUAAAACAGUAGAAAUGUAAAUUACAGAAUAAUCAAUUAUAGGUAUGACACCAAAAGACAUAAGUGGUCUUAAUUAAAAUUAACUAGUGGAUAAGAUUAAAUAUUCAAGUUGAAUAGUGUUUGUUUGUAGAUUAAUUUUAAUUCUAUUCUAAUUUUUGGAGGCUAAAAUGAUAAUGAUUAUGAUGAUUCUAUCAUCUAAUUACUUACUAUUGAUGAAGUUGAUAAAAAAAAAAACGAUUAUAUUGCAAAUCUCUAAGAAUUAAAUAUACAAUAAAAAUUAUUAUCAUUCAUUGGUCAAUAUGAUUUAAAUGUAUAUUACUAACACGAUAGAAUUUAUUUAUUUAGGAAAAAUUACAGUUCCUUAUUAUCAUGA